CAGUGUAGGUGGCAUGAAGCUUUGGAAGUUUUGGCAAAAACCCUAAUACUAAGCCAUGGCUGUUCCUCUGCUCACCAAGAAGAUUGUAAAGAAGCGUGUCAAGAAGUUCAAGAGGAUCUCUGUAAAGACAAACUGGUGUAGGCCCAAAGGUAUUGAUUCUCGAGUGAGGAGGAAGUUUAAGGGUUGCACUUUAAUGCCCAACAUUGGGUAUGGCUCAGACAAGAAGACCUGGCAUUACCUUCCCAAUGGCUUUAAGAAAAUUGUGGUGCACAACAUCAAAGAAUUGGAAGUGUUGAUGAUGCACAACAGGACCUACUGUACAGAAAUUGCACAUGAUGUUUCUACAUGGAAGAGGAAAGAGAUUGUUGAGCGUGCUUCCCAAUUGGACAUUGUUGUUACCAACAAACUGGCUAGGAUGCGCAGCCAGGAAGAUGAGUGAGCAGUAACAGAAAUUUCAAUUGUAUCGUAUGCUUGUGCAUGCAAACUAAAUACUACAUUCUGUAUGACAG